CGCUGAGGUGAGCGGUUGCGAAUGGAACGUUCCCGGGAUUGCUGGUCCGGAAUUUGAACCCAGGAAUAAGGAAUCCCCGGGGAUUUGGUGUUCCGGGGGUCUACACGUUCGGAAAAAGUCGUAAAGGAUCAGCGAUCGCCUGAUCUUCCUCAACGUUGAAUUAAUCUUACUUUUGAGAGGAGACCAGCUUUUUUUUUUGUUCUUUCUUGCCCCACCUCUGUUUGACUGUCGACCGAGUUGCGGGAUCAAAGACCAUCGCACCUGCAGCGAUCUGUCAGCGGCCGCCUCCUGUCACCGAGUGACAGCGACCCACUUACCUGAGUCUGAGUCAACUUCAAAUAAACCAGCAAAGACCAUCGAGAGUAAGCCGGGAUACACGAACUUCCGCAAAAGAAAAAGUCCUGUUGGUUAAGUCAUCUUGCGAUCCUCUGGAGUAUUGAGCCAGCACGGCACAGUCUGACCAUGUCCGCAGACCGUUACUCCGCUCUGGAUGAAACUGCCCUCAGGAAAUUGCUUGAAGUGACUGAUGACUUAGAUGAGCGGAGACUUAUUCGUUCCACUAUAUGUGAGCUGAGGAGGAAAGAACUGAAAGGGAUGGAGGAAGCACUAUCUUCCAAACGCUUUCGUUCUGAAAGAGCAAAUGAACACCAUGAAAACAAAGAGAAUCGUCAACGACAAGAAGACAAUCAGAAGCAGUCUUUGGAUAUUCUUUCAGGGAAACUGGAGUCAAUUCAUGACAUUGAUGAGUUAACUGCCAUGCUCCGAAAUGCAGGUGAAUAUGCAGAACGUAAACUGAUUAGAGCUGCCAUUCGCAAACUUCGUGAGCGAGAGAUUGAAGCUGCAUCCAUGCCAAACAAGCCAGUUGGCAUGCUAGUUCAUAAUAGAGCACUGCAAAAUGAAAGAACAACUAGCACUUACCCUCUGAACAUCACAUCACAAACAACAUGGUCAACCAAAGAUCUACCUACAAAUGACAAGGAAAAUGUUCUUCAAACACAAGAAGGAGAGACUGAAAGCUUGGGGGAGCGACAAAAGGUGCAAGCGCAAGCCCAAGAACUUCAAAACCAGAGGUGGAGAAUUCGGAGUGAGUCUGAUGAAAUAGCCUCUGAAACAGUUGUUCUCGAUCCACUGAAGAGAGUCGAUGAUGGUUCAGUGAAAUCAAUUUGGGGAUCUCGACAAAGGGCAGAAUCCUCUUGUUUGGAUUGUCACUCAUUCAGUACUGACUCGGACUUGAAAAAUGAAAGUUACAAAGAUUCCAAAAAAUAUAUGACAUCUAACGGUUCCAGGGGCACAUUAGAAACCCACAGGAUAAUUUCAACACAAUACAAUGAUGCAUUGCAGCAGAAUAAUCCUUCAAGUCUCAACAAUGAAAAUACCAGUAUAAAAGAAACUGAAGUUUUUAGAAAAAAUAGAUGUGCCUCAAUUAAUAACAAUGAGAAUGUCAUCGCAGGACCUCUUACACCUGAAAGGGAGGAUAUGGAUAGCAUUUUCCAGUCAGAGAUAAGUUCCAGGAACGUGAAUCUGGGCUCUGUCCAAAACUGGUUGAAUUCUGACAUCAAUGAUAAUAUACCUUCAGCAACUACAGGAAGAGCCAAUGACAACAAUGAAGAGAACACAUGUUUCAUGACACUUGACAAUAAGAUCAUUUAUGAGGAUCAAACACCAAGGAGCAUAGCAACUCCAUCCAAGCAGAAAGAGUUAACUGAAAAAGCCAGUGACAUAUACAUGAAUAGCACGCCAUUCAGAAAAAGUAACUCCAUACAAGACCGAAUGAAGAAGUUUACAAUGCACUCACCUGACCAACCUUUUGAACUUGGAUCACACUUCUGCACUCAGAAAAGAAAUGAAGGCAGAAAUAGCAGAAUUCUACAGCAACAGCAGCUAUUCUCAGGCAGUCCUGCAAUAAAGAUAAAAGAAAUUAAAAGUUCAUAUUCAGAAAUAUCUCCAAAAGGAAAGUCUGCAGGACUUAAGGACACAUGGGAAUUUGGUAAAUCUAUAGGAAAAACAGAUAAAGAGGCUGAAUACUUACUGUCCAGUAGAAAUAGCAAACUCACGGGCUCAAACAAGAGAAAUGGGAUAGAGCGGGACAGGUCUACAUCCUUGAAGGAGAACAUGUUCCGCUUUGUCCAAAGGGAUGGAAAACAUUCACCACAAUCUGGUUGCAACUUGAUUUAUAGCACUGUCAAAUCUAACUUUGCAACUGCAGAAGUACAGAAAGGUCCACCUAGGACAACAAAUUCAUUGAUUUCUUCUACUGAAAGCUUAAGUAAUUCGAUUGCAUCUGAAGUUCUUGCAGAUGAAUCAAGUAAAACAAGGACUUUUGACAAGGAUUACACUAAGAAACCUUACUUACAAAAUGCUGUUGCUGAUAAAUCAUACAUUAGAACUCCAGGGAGGAGCAACAUAAACAAGUCACAGACAAUCCAGCCUGCGUCAGAGAAGGACUCUAGUAAAACAUGUAGAGACAGCUCAGUGUGCUUAGACCAACACAGUUCUGCUGAGUGCUCAGACGUGUCUGCUAGAACAAUCAAUCUCUUACAAAGAAGUUUUUCUGGACAAAAGGAGAAGGAUACGUUUGUCGGCAAUAAAGACAAUAUGAAGACACUUGUGACAAUUGAAGUCAAGGAGGGCCAGAAACCAGAUGUCAUCUCUGCAAGGAUCUCUAGUGCACCUUCCUCACAGAGGAGAGAGCUGACAUUUGGUUUGAGAGCUACUCCAUUCAGAAUGUCUGGUUCCAGCAGUAUGAUGAUGGAUACUGAACAAGUAAUGACCGAAGCAGCCCAAUCACUACAACAUAUUGAGGCUAUUUUACCUAAUGGUACAGAGGAGAAGGAAAAGGAGAAUAAUACAAAAGAAAACAAAAACAAACCCGGUUUGGAGGAUUUAAGCGCUAUUGAAGAUGAAGAAGUCCUGGAUAAAAUGCUUGAUGCCACAACAGAUUAUGAGGAAAGGAAGAUAAUUCGAGCUGCAAUGAGGGAGCUCCGGAAAAAGAAAAGAGAUGAGAGAGAGAGAGAGCGUGAAAUGAGACUACAGGAACUGAAGCAGAAAACAGAUGAGAAGAAAGGAAAAUCCUUAAAUACUGCUGAAAUGACUCUAUCUAAGACACAAAAAUCUACAGAUGGGAAGAUUGUGACAUCAAUCUCGAAGACUGAGAAAAUCACUCAAGCAGAUGGUGGCAACAGAACGUUACGAACUACCACCAUGGAAUCAAGCAUUUUAAAGAAAACAGAUGCAGGUGGAGCUACUGUUGUCCAAACCAAGUCCUCCUUUACUUCCAGCAGCACAUCAUCCAAAAAGAUUGGAAGUAUUUUUGACAGAGAAGAUGAUGCACGGUCUAGUAGUGUGUCAGCACUUGAGAGGAAGCAGGCUGAGAAGAGGAAAGAGGUGAUGAGGUCACAAACACUGCCACGCACUUCAGGAACACAGGCACGGAAGGCAUUAAUUGAGAAACUAGAAAAGGAAGGUGGAAGUCCUGGAAAUCCAGCCAUUGCCAGAGUGAAGGUGCAGAGAUCCUCAAGUUGUGGUGUACCAAAUGCUAACAGUAUAAAGCAGAUGCUACUUGAUUGGUGUAGAGCCAAGACACGUGGUUAUGAGCAUGUGACUAUCCAGAACUUUUCCUCUAGCUGGAGUGAUGGGAUGGCAUUCUGUGCUUUGGUGCAUAACUUCUUCCCCGAAGCCUUUGAUUACUCAGAAUUGAAUCCCAACAACCGUAGGCAUAACUUCGAGGUGGCAUUCAAAAUGGCAGAACAAAUAGCUUCCUGUGAUCCCCUGAUUGAAGUCGAGGAUAUGAUGAUAAUGGGCAAAAGACCAGAUCCAAAGUGUGUCUUCACAUACGUGCAGUCCCUGUAUAAUCACUUGCGAAGGUACGAGUAACCAGCCCUAGAAUAUGGAAGCCAGAAUAUCUUGAAUUUCUGUUUAAACAGAAUAUCAGUCCCCAGCAUGCUUGUGUUUUUAGAUAGUUGUCAGAAGACAUGUAUUUACUGUGUGCUGCAUUUGCGCUCUAGGAUUUUAUUCUCUUUCUGCAUUAAGACAGGAUGAAAAUGCCAGGGUAAUGAGUUGUCUACUUUGUGUAUAUUAUAAAACCAUUGUAUAUGACCCUUUUUAAAUUCUAAAUCAAGAAAAAAAACUAUAAAUAUACUGAGAAAGAACCUUCCAUACAAUAUAAUUGUCUGCAUAAACAUUUGCAAAUAGGCACAUUACAGCACUGAAUUAAGGUCCUUAGACCUCUGAAGACCUUUUAAAAUUGAUUUUAUUUGAUUCUAAUUGAUUGAAAUUAUAUUAUGCAUUUCUCUUUCUCUCUCCCUCUACCUCUGUCUCUCAAAACAAUAAAAGAAGGCAGUUUCAGGAUAUGUGGUAGACCUGUUUUGUCUCACUGUGACAUUUUUAAGUAAUAAUUCUGCAUCGUGUUCACUUUUGCAAAUUUACUUCUAUAUUGUACCAAAUGUGCCAUUGGUGAGAUCAGAGGAAAUAUGUACAUCAUGCAGUCAUAAUAAAAAUAUAGUAUUGCUUUCAACAAUCAAAAUAAUGGAUACAUUUAAUAGAUAUUCUAAUAAUGAGGAGCUUCCUAUACAUUCGAGCAAAAUAAAACUAGUAUAUAUCCAGCUAUGGAAUUCAUUUGUCCAAAGAGCCAACCACAUUUUGCCACUAUUGAGAUUCAAAUUCUUAAGUUAUUAGCCUCAAUCAAACAGUGCUACUUCGGAAUAACAAUAAACAAUUCAAUUCUCAUUAUGUCCUCAGCUGAUUAAAGUUGGAGUUAUAGUUUAGGAGUGCUACAAUUGGUAUUAAUGCUGAAGAAGAAGAAAGUGAAGCAUAUUACCAAUUUAAGUGUGGGAAUGGAAUGCUUGCACUUUGCUGUGUUGCCAGGUUACCUUGUGUGUGCAUCAGUAUGUUAUUACAUCAAGGAAGUUUACUAGGGGAGAUAUAGGAAUGUUGCCAAUACCUAUGGAAUCAUACCCACAAAGUAUCUAUGUUUAACAGAGGAGAGGAAUUGAAGGUGAACGUCAUUGACUUGUCCAUGUGAUACAUAAAGUGUGCUGAAAGUGUUUCCUUCUCUUUCACAAUGCUUAAAAGCAAAAUAUUAAAGUGUUCUCAAUGUGAAAAAUUGAAGGGUAAAAUUAUCACAAGGCUGUAAUCACUGUGGUUCAGACACUGUUGUGUUUAGCAAAGGAUAAUAAGAUACAUGGGAGAAAAGCUUUUUUUUAAGGUUUCAAGUAAAGUAUAACUGGUAGUCAAGCUGGAGAAUUCUAUAGAGCUGCACUCAGUUAGAAGAUGGGUCAUCACCUGUACAGUGAAAACUUAUACUUCCUAGGUUUGGAACUAAUAUGUUUAAGUAUGUGUCUAUUUAAAAAGAAAAUCUUCCCUCUAUUCCUCUUUUGCCCAAAACGUCGAUUUUCCUGUUCCUCGGAUGCUGCCUGAACUGCUGUGCUUUUCCAGCACCACUCUAAUCCAGAAUCUGUCCCCAUACCAAGCUUUCCAAAUUAAACAACAUUAGGAUUCUGAACCAAGCUGCUUCACUGGGAGAAAAUGUUUGAUGUGUUAUUAGAACGUUGGCCGAAACACAACAAGAAUACUUAGCAGUCACUUACAGUUUCUUGGGGGAUUUCUGCUGAUCUUCUGCCACAUUUACCGAAAAAGGUAAAGUCACCAUAGACUUACCACACCAUAGGGCUGCUUUCUUGUUACCGAGAGACAACUGAUGAUGGCUUAACCUGAGGGUCACCAUGCCUUGGGUGAGGGAGAGGUUGAGAAGAAAAAUUCUUAUGAAACCAAAAAGGUUUCACUGAAAUUUCACAUCUAACCAUUUUGUUCACUGGUCAUCCAGGCUCUUCCUGAAUUUUAUGCUUUUUCUUUCUCUACAUAUUAUUGUCCCACUGAUUGGUGGAGGCAGAUUCCCACUUCGCAUCUUGGUGACAGACAUUAUUACUAGGAUAGUGAUGACUAGGAGCAGGCAGCAGGAAACCUUAUCUACAUCCAUUACAAGUUGAAAAAUGCAACGGUUUAUAACUCCUUCCUCAAAGUAUAAUGUAUUUUAAAGGUCAGUGCUUGAAGGGGGAGACUCAUUUGCUUUGGGGCAAACAAAUUUGCUUAUUUUGAUAGCUUUGGAAUCCUGCACUCUACUACUGCUACCUCCACUAUGCACAAGGCAUCCCCCAAACACUUCUUCCUGCUUUUUCACUUUAGCUGGUAUAAAAGUGGACUGGCCAUUUUCCUCCACUUUUCAUUGUUGAUUGUGUUAUGGCACCAGAUUAUCUGGUUGGUUAACAGCCUCAAAAAGCCUAAGGUAGCAAGAUAGCCGAUGCCUUGUAUAACACUACUAUGAAAACAACUCGGGGGUGGGAAGGAAAUCAGAGUGCUGGCCAUGUGUCUUAUUUAUGUGCACCUCACCUGCCAAAAUCACACGUGGUCAGGAAUCAUUGGUCUCUGAAAAGAGAUCUGACAAUGCUGCACUCAAAACAUUAAGAAAAAUAGAAAAUACCUAGCAGAUCUAGCAGAAUCUAUUGGAAGAGAAACAGAAUUGGUGGCCAGGAUUUGGAGUUCUUUGCCCCAUGCAUAGGGUGGACAACUUCAGGGUUCAAGAUUAGAGUGGUGCUGGAAAAGCACAGCAGGUCAGGCAGCUGUGGGCAAAGCCCUUCGUCGAUUUUU